AUGUCUUUCGACGACAACUUCAACUGGGUUGGUGACCCUGUUUUCAACGACAACUUGGACUGGGUUGAAUACCCUGGUCCCAACAACAUGCCUCCACCUUCAGGUUCACUCGUGCGACAAGAGCAACAUCAGUUCGCUCCGAACCCUUCCGCCAUGGGACCUUGCCCCGGUCCACACUUCAGUGGUAACCCUUACAUGGCUCAUACACAAGCUAUCAACCAACCUACCACUAUAGGCCAGCACCAACAAUAUGGCUUAUGGAUGCCCUAUCAAGAUCGGUUUCGGCCCAUGGCUCAUCCACAAGGUACUAACAACUCCAAGUUCCGGCCCCUCUAUCAUAGAGACCUUCAAGGUUCUGACAAGUCUACAGCUAUCAACCAACCUAUCACUGUGGGCCAGCACCAACAAUAUGGCUCAGGGAUGCCGUCUCAAGAGCCAUUUUGGCCCAUGAAUUCGGCCGGCCGUGGUCAUGGCAUAGUCUCUUCUCACUACGCUAGCCACCAGGCCCCUCAAGCACCGCAGGCUUUCCAAAAUGCGCCUGUCCUACAGCCAGCCAUCCCACAAGCGGCCAACCUACUGGCGGCCAACCCACUGGAGGAUUUCUCACAGGCGGCUACCACACAGCCAGCCAUCCCACGGAUGGCUAUCCCACUGGCCACUGUCCCACUGGUGCCUAACGCACAAGAGGCUAUACCUCAGCAGAUCGCCCAGGAGCCUCACCAUCAGACACAAGCUCAGCACCAACCACAGGCUCAGCACCAACCACAACCACCGCCAUUAACGUUUGAGCAAAGGAUAGCAGCCUUCCGCCCAGUCCCAGACCCUCACCCAGAGCCCACACCACGGCCCGGUCCAGGACGAAGGAAAAAGAACCAGCGGUUCUGGGCUCCCGAGUAUGCCGAUGCCGCUCUCAGACACAGAUAUGAGAAGCUUCAAAAUGCCGACAACAGAGUCGAUCUGGCCGAGAAGAAGCUCGCGAAGAACGACGAGCCCUCCCAGAUUGCGCAUCUGCAGACUAUCCUUCUGCGGAACAUGCAGGAACGGGAGGAUCAGUGGACUCAGUGCCAACGCGCGGAGCGAGGCGAGGUCGCCAUCGAGCUUGCUCCCUCAGAGGCCGAGGCCAAAACGAAGAGACUGAAUGAGUCAUGGGCAGACGCACGCGCCCGGCUGCAAGCUAGGCAAGCCAGUCUGAAAACAAAACAGCCACACGCCGUUGGCGACGACGGCGAAAUCGACCUGGCACGCUUGGGUGUAAAAGACCGGCAAGGCCUGCAGACCAUGAUCAACUGGGUACAACACAAGUGGUUCACUCUUGCCGACUCAUUUGCCACCCUGCAGUCCGCAAUGAAUCUCGCAUAUGGGACCGAUGGGCAAGACACCAAGACUUACGGAAUGCGGAUCCACGCACUUGGCUGCUACGAAGCAUGGUCCCUUUGGAGAUGGCCUAGCAACUCUCCGGAACACAUCGCAUUUCGGAAUCUGUAUUCAAUUCCUGACCCUUCCACGUGGGGGUUAGACGACGCUCCGGCCGCCAUGGACGAGACACUAAGAGACAUGGAAGCGCAAGGCCACCCCUUAUUACCGGUCCCACAAGUCGCGGACAUCGUCGGCACCGUCGGCCCAAACGGAGAAUUCCAGCCGCCUCCAGCGCAAGAGGAAGCUACCAACGAGCAAAUGGACUUGUCUCCCUCCUCCUUCUCAUCCUUCGACAACAACAACGACGACAACAACAACAAAUUGAGAUACAUUGACCCGAGACUUCUUCAGAAACACUCUUGA